AUGGCAGAGACCUGGGAGAGAAUUAAGGUACGGUUAAAUGACUUUCACUUUUAAAUGUACCGGAUGUGGCACAAUGAUGUUAAACUGGCAAUUUAGUUUUGUUAUACACUUUUUUUGUUUGUUCUUAUUAUUAAAAAAACGUUUUAAAAGUGUUUUUACUUUUCAAAUAAGGAUUUUAGAUUUAUCUAAAAGAAGCUAAUAUCGAGUUCAUGGGAAACGGCCAAGAUCGACCGUUUGGGUUGGCUAGCAAAUUAAUGGCUGAGUUUCUCGGGGAUUUAAUUUUUGUGUUUAUUGGUACAUUAGCAGCUCUAAACGGCAACGAAAACAAUGUUUUAACGCAUGCUGCGUUUGGCCAUGGUUUAACCAUUUUUGUUUUGGUCUGUUCGUUAGGCCAUAUUAGGUACGUCAAUUUUUAUUUAGCAAAAACACUUCUUUUUAAAAAUCUCAAUGAUUUUUUUCAAAAAAUUGAGUUUUUUGUUUACGACUAAUAAAAUUUUGUUUCUAAUUUCAGUGGUGGUCACUUUAACCCAGCUGUAACACUGUCAGUGACAUUAGCCGGGAAACUUCACCCAUUGUUAUUAGUACCAUAUUGGCUGGCACAGCUAUCCGGAGGGUUUGUUGGAGCGCUGUUGGUUCGAGUAUGUUUAUAUAACAAUGUACAUUUUUCUUCUUUUUCAGUUAUUGUUUUGCGUUUUGUCUGUGUGUAUUUUUUAAUGUUUUUUAAGAAACGUAAACUAUAAUAUUUUUUACAUCUUUUAAAUUUUUAUAAAUGACGUAUUUAGAAAGUUUAUAACGUAACUGUAUUUGUUUUAUCAAGUAUACAGUUUAAACAAUUUUUUACAGGCUGUAACUACCUUAGACCAGUACAACACUUUAGUGGGUGGUGCUACUAUUCCUGCGCCAGGCGAUCAUUGGCAUCAAAAUUUAGUGACAGAAUUGAUACUGACUAUGAUACUUUGUCAAACAGUUUUAAUGUGUGCUGUCGAUACGGACAAAAAUGUUCUGGCACCGUUGGCUAUCGGCCUUACUGUAGCUUUGGACAUCUUUGGAGGGUAAGGAAGUUAAAGAGGGAAAAACCUACAGUAAUUUUUUAUUUUCUACAUUUUUUUAAAGUUUAUAAAACUCAAGAUGGUUUGUCAUUCAUACGAGAUAUAACUACGUUUUUAUUUAAUUUUUAGCGGGUCAAUUAGCGGGGCCAGCAUGAAUCCAGCACGUUCUUUGGGGCCAGGUGUAGCGGCCACUAUUUUAUCAACCGUCCAGCCUACAGUAAUCUGGAACUACCAUUACAUUUAUUGGGCGGGACCAUUUGCCGGUGCGACUGUUGCUGCCUUCAUUUAUCGAACAUUUUUUGCACAAAGUGAAAACCGUCUACUGCCUUGA